AUGGAGCCCAACAACUCACUGACGUGGGUCGGCUCACCUUGCGGCUUGCACGGACCCUACAUUUUCUACAAGGCUUUUCGCUUCAAGAUCGAAUCCCAAAGCAGGAUUUUAUCGCUGGGAGAUUUUUUCUUGGUUCGCUGUAAACCCGAGGAGCCGCUGUGCAUCGCCGAGCUGCAGCUCUUGUGGGAGGAAAGGACCAGCAAGCAACUUUUAAGCAGCUCCAAACUUUAUUUUCUACCCGAGGACACUCCACAGGGAAGGAAUGUCACUCACGGAGAGGACGAGGUGAUCGCCGUCUCAGAGAAGAUCAUCGUGAAGCUAGAAGACCUGGCGAAAUGGACCGUGUGGGACGCCACCUGCUGGACGAAGGGCCUCCACGCGCUACCUCUGAAGCCCUCGACGCUCAAGGAACUGGGCAGAAACGGCCAGCGGGAAGGACUGUACCGCUACAGGGAGUCCACGCUCAACAGCGGCCUCAACUUCAAAGACGUGCUGAGGGAGAAGGCCGAACUGGGCGACGAUGGCGACGAUAAGAAGGUCCUGGUGCUCAGCUAUCCACAGUACUGUCGCUACCGCUCCAUCAUCGCACGGCUCCGCGCGCGGCCCGCCUCCCUGCUGACCGACCAGGUGGUGCUGGCGCUAGGGGGCAUCGCCACGCUCACCGCCGACACCCAGAUCCUCUACUGCAGGGACACGUUCGAGCACCCCACGCUGCUGGAGAACGACAGCAUCUGCGACGAAUUCGCACCCAACCUGAAGGGCCGGCCCCGCAAGAAGAGACUCUCCGUGUGCCAGCGCAGGGACUCACAGAGCCAGAGCGGAGGUGCCAAGGAGCCCAGUAAUGUGGAGCCCAAAGCGCCCAGCAAGGUUAAAACCGAGACCAAGGCGGUCAUGCCCAAACCCAAGAGCGGCGGCUGUAAGAAAGCGCCGGCGGAGGAGAAGCCGGGCGAGGAGACGGGCGAGGAGUGUCGCGCUGAGGAGCAGAGCUUUCUGGUGGCUCUCUACAAGUACAUGAAAGAGAGGAAGACGCCCAUCGAGCGAAUACCGUACCUCGGCUUCAAACAGAUAAAUCUGUGGACGAUGUUUCAGGCGGCUCAGAAGCUGGGAGGAUACGAGCUGAUCACGGCUCGCCGACAGUGGAAAAAUGUUUACGACGAGCUGGGUGGAAACCCGGGAAGCACCAGCGCUGCCACGUGUACGAGGAGACACUACGAGAGACUAAUCCUGCCCUACGAGAGAUACACAAAAGGAGAGGAGGACAAGCCCCUACCCCCUGCCAAGGCCCGAAAGCAAGAGGCCGGCGCCCAGGAAGCGGGCACCAAGACAAAAGUGCUUUCCAUCAAGCGGCCCAAAGACGAGCAAAACACGAAGAGCCGGAAUGAAAAGGACGCCUCGUCGGCUAAAGUCUCGGAACCGGGUGCGGAGAACUUCGAUGACGAGCAAGAGCUCCAGGACGAAGAGCCAGUAGAAGCUCUGCAGUCUCCGAUCUCUGACCAGACGGAAUGUCAGACAGAAAGUCCAAGCAUGGAUGAUGACGACGUGCAGCUGAUUGUCAAGGAGGAAGAUGAGAAACCUCUUCGAAAGUCCUCAUGGGACAGCGAUGACCACGAAUCGCUCAAUCAUGCGCCCCUACCGCAGGACAGCGUGCCGCUCAAAUCCGAAGACUCUGAGGUUUUUCCGAUUGCUGCGUCUGUGCCACUACGACCCCAGACGGGGAAGACCGAACAGGCUGAAAUAAACGAGAGCCAGAACCAUGUAAACAUGGUAAUACCUAAUCCGACUGAGAGGGCCGAAAUCUCCACCAAGGACGAGAGUUUGAGCUACAACAACUCGGUUCUGUAUCCCCGGGGUAACCCUGGCAUCAUGUCCCCUCUCGCUAAAAAGAAGAUGCUGUCCCAGGUCAGCGGUGCCAGUCUGAACAAUAAUUACCCCUUUGGUCCACCUCCCCCGUUGGUCAACAAAAACGCAUCCGGCGGCGCUACCGAGGAAGCAACGGCUGAGCAACAGUGCCCCCAAAUCCCUUCCAGCAGAAGCGAAGCGAACGUCGUGAUCAAGCGUCCAUCUGUCAUCCAGCACGCCCAGAGCUUCAAGUCUCGAAGCAGCGAUGACCGAAGAGCCUCCAUGGAAGCCUCUCAUAGAGAGAUUUGUGCUGAGAGGGAUUUCUACCCCUCAGAAGCCCCCCAGCGCCAACCCCUACACCAGACACAGCCCGCUGUCAGAACCAAUCACCAUUUCAACGUGGAGAAAUCCACAGACAUGCCUUGUCCUGGUCAGGUGCCCAGUUACCUAAGUGAUUUCUACUCCUCACAACACUUACAUAACCUCUACCGGCAAGACCAGCUGAGCAAGUACCUGAGCCGGGACGGGUACUCAUGGGACUCUGAGAGCGCCAAGGGUUUCCCACAGAGUCAACAUUCGGACAGGGAAAGCCUGACCUACUCCUCCUGUCUAAAUCGUAAAGAAGGCUCCCCUAGCGAAAGAUCACCGGAUGAGCAACCGACAGAUCUCAGCCUCCCGAAAUCCUCCCCGCACAAACUGCCCCUCUCCGGGUCUUCACUGCCCGGCCCGUCACAUUCCAUGAUGCAGCAAGACCUUAAAAGCGCUCCGGUCUUUCAAUCAAGCGGCGGUCAGCGUUCGAGCCCGGACUUUCACCCCAGAGCCUGUCGGGUUCCUCCCAUGAGCGUAUCCGCUCCCAAAAAGGUGCUGGAACACCACCAUAAGGCGCACAGUGGCCGCGGAGACGGGACGGCCGGCUACAAGUUAGACGAGAUGACUUCUCGGCCGAUCCUGAGCGCCAAGAGCAGCCCGCAGAACGUUGGCGCGGCACGACCGCUGAAGAGAAACCUGGAGGAGCUGGAGAACAGACCCACCGAGAAGAAGAUCCGGGCCGUCACACCCAUGCACUGCUCGACGCCCAGAGACGCGUCCGUAAAGGCACGGAUCCCCGAGCCCGACAACGAGUCGGUGAAGCUGGCCGAGCUGGCACACGCGGUGCACAUCAACGGCUACUCCGCCGAGGGACACAAGUUCCCCAUGCACUCCUCCAUCUUCCCAGGGCUGUAUCCUGGGGCCUUCGUAUCUCAGGUUCAGGACAUGUGUGACAGCCUGGGCCCUCACGCCCCCCGCGGCUAUUCGCAUCCGCUACAGUACUUGAAGAACCAGGCUGUCAUUUCGCCACUCAUGCCCCCCUUCGCCAUCCAUUCCAUAAUGAUGCAGAGACAGUUACUGGCCCAGGCGGCCAACCCCGCCCACUUAUACAGGCACCCUGUGGGGACUUCGUACGGAGACAUUCUCCAUCAUGGACUUUACCCCAUAACGGCUCUCAACCCCCAGCCAGCUUUUAGUCCCUCGCAGCUAUCCUCAGUUCAUCCCAGCACUAAACUGUCCUAGAUAAAUCUCACCAUGCAUCUUUUUUUUUGUCGCUUUAUCUUCUUUUUCUUGUUUUAUGCCACUUGACAUUAUAAUUUGCACAUUUCUUCUGAACACGGACCAGCUGAGCUGAUCGUCUCUUGUUUUCGCUGCACUAUACGCAGGUGCCGGUUGUCUGGUUUGAAUAAACGUUGCCUUGACACGAGAGUUGAGUUCAUCCAGGUCGUGUAGUACUUUAGUUCGUAUUAUAUCCCAGUAGCAAAAUCACGGUAAGUGACGAAUCACAGUCGGCGCAAUCACUGUAAUGCUGUUUCAAUCAAACGUGCAGAACUUCGGUGCAAAACACUACAAGGACACGAUGUACGAGGGCUGCCCGGUUAACCGUUCUACGUUAUUUUUGUAUGUAUGGGUGUGCUAGCGUAGUGCGUUCGUCAAACCUGCAGGGGUUUUACUACUCAGAUCUUUGAAAUAUCGUUCGAUUCGCAAGAACCACAGAGAUCUAAACGUUAUGUUUGGUGUGUUACACGGUUACAUGUAAAUAAGAGAAGUAUCCUACACUUUAGGUAUAAAUGUGAGUCGUAUUUUUACACGCUUUGCCGGCCACCGUGCCACCGCACCCUCUCAAGUUCCUGUCACAUAUAGCGAAGUUCCCACCCGUGGAACGUGUUUGUCAAAUGUAGAACCGAGGUGCUUGUACAUAACCCUCACAAACUGAAAACACGGCGUAUCGGCGUAUCGUAUUCACAAGCUACUGUAAUAUCUGUGCACAAACGGGAUCGGAUGACUUCACUCCUCAUCACGACAGGAUGAAGUUCCAGGACUACUUUACAUUUUUAUUUUUAUUUUGUUUUGUUUUGUUUUGUCAGACACACACUUGCGAUCACUUUACUCAGACCAAGUCUUUUCAGGACACUUAUCAGAGUUUAUGAACACACUCGGGGAUGUGGGGGGCGUUUUCGGAGCACUUACUGAAGCACACGGUAUAGGCCACCGCUGACCGUUUCAGACUGUAAAAAAAAAUGUAUAGCAGUGGAUGUCAAAUUAUUUUGGACAGAAGUUCACUGGCGGUGGUCAGUUUUUAGAAAUUGUAAUACGACGGACACGAAAAAGUUUCGUUUAAAAAAAACAACAAAUUUGCACAGAGGAUUUUGGAAAUGUACCGAUAAAGUGUAAAGGCAUCACAAUCUUCUAGAGUUUUUUUUCUGUAUUAGUAGUGAUAUAAAACUUAAAAGUUUAAGAAAUGUAUUUACUCCGACUGUUUGGAGUAGCACUCAAGGUUGCUAUGUAACAUUUUUAUU